CUUGCAGCAAUUUGACGCACGCCUCUCGAUCGUCCGCGCAGCAGCCGCGUGGCGCUGGUGGUGGUGGUGGUGGCUGCUGAUGGUUUCCUUGCCGGCGGAGGUCGGCGAUUGAGAUAAAGUGAAGUUUGACGCGCGGGGGGCUCGCAGAAUGGAUCAGUGAACGUGGUGGAGAGGUAGCCGCCAAGCCUCCGCGCAUUUCCUGAGACUACCGUCUGUCUACAUGCACUGCACGUGCUGCCACUCCCGACCCCGACCCACGUCACGUGCACGUGCCCUCACCUUGCUGUGGUGGUCGUCGCUGUAAACACCAGCUGUUGAUUCCUUUUUUGGGGAGGAUGAGAUCGGGCUGACACCGCGUGUGUCCAUCAUGUGGCCUGAAGAUGCUCGCCAUCACACUGUGUGCUUUCAGGACAGGAUUACAGUCCACGGAGCAGUCGUCGCCGUCGUUUAGCGCCUUUCCACUGAUUUUUUCUUCGUUCAAAGGUCGGGAAAAAUCCUUUCAAAAGUUUGAAACGUGGAGAGUAUUGUUUUCACAACUCCAGAGAAGUCGAUCAAGCUGAAAUUUAGUGUUCACGGCAGGUGGAAUGAAAGAAUAAAAAAAUGGAAAAGCCAUUAUGUCAUCAUUCGGAAAUAACGGAGUGAUUGUGAUUAUUUUUGUAAAUCAUCAAACUAUCCAGACUUCUUCGUCCAGGAAGAACAUUUUCCCCGGAAAUGGAGACGGUUUACGGCAGAGAUAAAAAUAGAAUAUUUACUGUCUUAAAUUUUAGUUGAUUAUGUUGGUCAUUAAAAAAACUAUUUUCUAAAAACUAGUUUUGCUAUUCAAGUAUUCAUGGCAGUGCAGCUGCGAAGACGGUUUUCUUGCCGAUUGAUUCUGCGAUGAUUUUUUUAAGUCUGGUCGAUAAUAAUUCAGGGAUUUGAGGUGCAGUGUCGGUUAACUAUCCGAGAUUUUACUACCUCCUAAGACAUUGAAAGUGGAGAUCAAUGUCUGAGUCGUUGAUGAAGGCGACGGAAGAAAGCCCCCAGUGGAGCGGAGUGUAGAGGAGACAGUAACGGUCGGUGGUCCGAUGUUGUCCAAAGAGAAGCCAUCCUCUGGACGUUAAUUUUUCACUUCACCGUCUGCGUCGCCCUGAAAACUGCCUCAUGUUCCGCGCAAGAUGGCCCCGCCUGCAGUCCUGGACCUUUAGUCGAUGCGGCGUUCGCCGGCUUUCAGGAAGGGCAUGGGGCCAGCUCUGCCCCACAACAAUCGUCACUUCCGCUACCACUUUCCCUACCACCAUCUUCUCCCCCUCGUUUGGAACACCCUGCCCAUCGUCCUCCUCGUGGUGUCCAUGAGCUUGAAAACUCACGGGGUGGGUUCUGCCGAGGUCCCCACGGACCUGCAGGUCGUGAAGGUGGCGCUUCUAUGCGACGACCUUUCCGUGCAGGAGUGCGGCAGCAGCGUGGACGCCAUGGCGGAAACAGUGGAGUUGGGGCGCCAACAGGAGGUUCUGCCCUGGAGGUUAGCCCUCAACGUGUCUGUGGUCCCCGUGGAAGGGAAAAGCCCCGCGGCCUUGAGGAAUGUGAUGCACGUGCUGCAGUUCAAUGGGUCGGGAGCGGCUGACGUCAUCCCAGACGUUCUGGUGGCCGUUGGAAGCUACAGGGUGGUCCAGCUGGCCACCAUUGUGAGCCAGGCCUUGGGCCGUCCCUUGAUUGGCUAUGUCAGCGACGGGCAAGCUGCUUUCAACAAGCCUCUGGUAGAGGACUCGUACCUGUCGGCUAACUCUGACGCUUAUUCUCAGGGUGUGACCCUGGCUCUUCUGAUUGGCCGGUACAAUAUGCCGCAGACCUACAUCCUGAUUCAAGACAUUUUUCUGGCAGAUGGAUUUCUUCCGGGAUUUAGGUCAAUGGGUGACCCCCGGCAUCCAGACAUCUUCAUGACCUCGACAGUGGGCAGCAACAUCGCGCCGAGGACCUCAAGCUUCUGAUGGAGGUCAUCGCAGUCAAGGGCUGGAAGAUCGUCGUCCUGCACUGCGAGCCGAGGCUCAUGGUUCGCAUCGUCGCCAAGUCCGUCGCCAUGAACCUCUUCGGAACCGGCUACGGCUGGUUCCUAGCGAGAAAGCCACGACGACGGACCCGGAGGUCCUGCGUGGCUUGCCGGAAGGUUUGCUCGGACUUCAAGGGUUUUAUCGCACCGGAACUAGCGGUGUGUUGGCUGCGGCUUCGCGGACCAUCAGCUGUGCCUACGAGUGUAUGCAAGAGUGUUUACGACAAUCUUAAUGCUCCUCCUACUGUUCCUCCAGUGCCUUCUCUCGCUGCAUCAUCAACGUCCGGUUCUUAUCCAUCAUCUUCAUCAUCAUCGUCGUCAGGUCAUCUUAUUCAGAUGAAUCUACUUCUGUAACAUUGUCGAACUUGUUCUCUUUCUUAUCAUCGCCUCAGAUGUCUCGACUAUCAGCGCCUUUGUCGGAGUCUCCCGUUGUCAUCAACAUUGUCAGCAGAAUCAUGGCCAUCCUAUGCAGAUUUUCCUCCAUUGGCUGAUACUUUUAGGGUCAGCUGCAAUAACACCACGCAUUAUUUUACUCAAUGUGUUCGUUACUCUCCGAUGUGCCGCCAGCCUUUGGAAGACUCCAGUUCGUCCUCAGUUAAUUUGACGAUGUCCACAUCCAAUGUCCUUCACGAAGGCUCCGCUUUCCGUCUCUUAAACUUGAUCUCCAGCGGGGAUAGAAGCGGUCGCCU